GGGCCCGACUCAGAACAAUGUGGCUGGUCAUCCUUGUGUGCCAGCUUGGCCUCAUUCUGAGGACUGAGGCCCAGAUACCAGAGCAGUGCAUUACUAGUGAAACAAACAGAGCUCCAGAAAACUCUGACAUAACAGUGGUCUGCGGCACUGAGUUUAUGGACCUGAACAUCCUCCUUUGCCCAAUGUACCACGCUCGUUACAAUGAGUCUCUGAUGUUCCUCAAUAAUCAAAACCAAAAAGGCUGUCUGGGGACGGCUGACUGGGGCGUCACACCGCCAGUCUUAAGAUUCAGAUUUCCCUUAAAUGAAAGUGCCAUGGAAUCCUGCAGUAAUAGCUUUAAGAUAAUCAAUGAGGUUGGGUCCGGACAGUUUUCUGACUUCUCAAAUGUCCAGUACGUCAACAUUUCUGGGGCUGUUACCUCUCUAGACCCCACCUCAGGUAUGAUCACCUAUAAACCACAGGUCCUGUACAAGUUUUCCUGUCUGUACCCGAUGCAGUAUAUCCUGAACAACAGCCAACUGGGCGUAUCAGGUGUGAAUCUCGUCAUAAAUGACAACAAUGGUAGCUUCAUCAGCACACUGAGUAUGCAGCUCUACCAGGAUGAAGACUACGAAGACAUUCUUUUUAUCCCACAAACAGGACUCAAACUGAAGACCAAAAUUUAUGUUGCAGUUAAGGCUACCAACCUAACAGAGAGAUUCAACGUGCUGCUGGACAGAUGCUUUGCGACGACAAGUCCAUAUCCUACGAUUAACAAUGACCAAGCUUAUGACCUUUUUGUAGGGUGUGUACGUGACCCGCAAACUAAGGUGGACAUCAACGGGGCGUCUCAGGUGGCACACUUCUCCUUUGAGGCCUUCAGAUUUGUAGAGCACAAAAAUCAGACAAUUUCCACUUUCUACCUGCACUGCACCACCCGACUGUGUGAAGUGUCCUCAUGCAGCAGCUUAAUGCCUGACUGUGAAAGUGGUAAUGGAAAGAGGAGAAGGAGAGAAGUCCAAGAAGUGUCCGGCAACGCUACAGUCUCCUCGCCUGCCAUUUUUGUGGGAAAACAGAGCGCUGAUGAACCUCAAACUUUCUCGGCUUCUCACGAUGUGACAUCCGAGAGCAACUACAGCAGCCCUGUGGUGGCUGUAAUUGUCUGUAUUGUCGUCCUAGCUAUUCUCCUCGUCGCCAUGGCUGUUUAUUUCGCGCUGCACAUCAGAAGAAAAAAGCCAAUCAUUCAGUAACAUCACCUGACUGAAAGUGGGAUCUAUCAUUAUUCACGCAUCUCCAAAACUGUCAGUUUAAUACUUCAUCAUAUACAAUAAAUGGCCAUUAUGCUGCAGAGAUAGUAAAAGAAAGAAUUUACAAGAAACAAUAGUCAGACAUAUUAUACUGUAAUACUAUAGCCGUUUCAGUCCACAAACAUCAGCAGGAAUCUAGGUUUGUAUCUUCAUAAUCAUUAUAAAUCACACAGAAUAUGUACAAAAAUUAUAUUUUGAAAUCAUAUUGUCAGAGUCAUGUUGAAGUAUUUAAUUAAUGUGUCAUUUGUGAUCAGUUAGAAAUUGUGUACUUUUGAAAUGUUUUCAGUGAGAAUGAUGAAUAAAAAGUACACGUGCUUUAUAAUUUG